UAACACUACUACGAAACGAAAGGCGAAGGCCGCGUCCGUGCCAAAUCUGAAGGAAAAGGGCUCGCUCCGUGUUCUCCCCUCCCCUCUCUCUCUCUCUUACCCCGAGACACGAUCGAGGGAGCGGCGGAAAGGAUUAAGGAAAAAGCCCGGAAAGAAAGGCACCCCCAAGCUCCGGGCUCUCAGAUCCGGCCGCGGCGAUGCGCUCCGACGCCCGAUCUCAGCCUCCCCUCCUUCCCAUCCUUCUCCUCCUCCUCGUCGCCGGCGCCGCCGCCUCCGAGUCCGAUCACAAGUACAAAGCAGAUGACCCUGUCACACUUUGGGUGAACAAGGUUGGCCCCUAUAAUAAUCCGCAGGAGACCUACAAUUAUUACAGCCUUCCAUUUUGCCAGCCAUCUGAAAACCCUGCACACAAGUGGGGUGGACUUGGGGAAGUUCUGGGUGGAAAUGAACUGAUAGACAGCCAAAUUGAGAUGAAGUUUCAAAGAAAUGUUGAGAAGGGCUCUAUUUGUGCACUUGAGCUUGAUGCUGCAAAGGUGAAGCAUUUCACAGAUGCAAUAGUUAACUCAUAUUGGUUAGAAUUCUUCAUCGAUGAUUUGCCUUUAUGGGGCUUUGUUGGGGAGACGGACAAAAAUAAUGAAAAUAAACAUUUUCUUUUCACACACAAGAGUAUUGUUAUUAGAUACAACAACAGUCAGAUAAUUCAUGUCAAUCUCACUCAAGAAAGUCCUAAACUUUUGGAAGCUGGGAAGACAUUAGACAUGACAUAUUCAGUAAAAUGGUCACCGACAGAUGUAACAUUUGCACGUCGUUUUGAUGUGUACUUGGAUUACCCUUUUUUUGAGCACCAGAUUCAUUGGUUCUCCAUUUUCAACUCUUUUAUGAUGGUUAUUUUCCUCACUGGCCUGGUGUCCAUGAUAUUGAUGCGAACUCUCAGAAAUGAUUAUGCAAAAUAUGCUCGUGAAGAUGACGACCUGGAGACUCUGGAAAGAGAUGUGAGUGAAGAAUCUGGAUGGAAGCUUGUUCAUGGAGAUGUCUUUCGGCCUCCUCAGAGUUUGGUUCUUCUUUCUGCCCUUGUUGGUACUGGUGCCCAGCUGGCAAUGCUCGUUCUUCUGGUAAUUGUGUUGGCAAUCAUUGGAAUGCUGUACAUUGGGCGAGGAGCUAUCGUCACAACUUUCAUUGUGUGUUAUGCUCUCACAUCAUUCAUUUCAGGCUAUGUUAGUGGUGGACUUUACUCGCGGAAUGGUGGUAAAAACUGGAUAAAGUCAAUGAUUCUUUCAGCCUCACUGUUUCCUUUUAUGUGCUUUGGGAUUGGCUUCCUACUAAACACAAUUGCUAUAUUCUAUGGAUCACUAGCAGCUAUACCAUUUGGGACAAUGGUGGUUGUGUUCAUUCUUUGGGCUUUCAUCUCCUUCCCUCUGGCACUUUUAGGUACUGUUGUGGGUAGGAACUGGAGUGGCUCCCCAAAUAAUCCAUGCCGUGUGAAGACCAUUCCUCGUCCUAUUCCGGAGAAGAAAUGGUAUCUUACACCUUCCGUUGUCUCACUCAUGGGGGGCUUGCUUCCUUUUGGCAGCAUUUUCAUUGAGAUGUAUUUUGUCUUCACGUCCUUCUGGAACUACAAGGUGUACUAUGUUUAUGGCUUUAUGUUGCUAGUAUUCCUGAUCCUCAUAAUUGUCACAGUAUGUGUGACCAUUGUGGGAACAUACUUCUUACUAAAUGCCGAAAACUAUCACUGGCAGUGGACUUCUUUCUUUUCUGCAGCUUCAACUGCUGUCUAUGUGUACCUUUAUUCUAUAUAUUACUAUAAUGUGAAGACCAAGAUGUCAGGCUUUUUCCAGACUAGCUUCUAUUUUGGCUACACUCUAAUGUUUUGUCUCGGUCUAGGAAUACUUUGUGGUGCUGUGGGAUAUCUUGGAUCUACAUUAUUUGUUAGAAGAAUUUACAGAAACAUCAAGUGUGAUUAGCCAGUGGCAAAUCCCAAAGGUUGACCAUAUGCCAGCUAUGCUUUGUUGAGACAACAUCAUUUGGGGGUAAAAGGUGGAUCGCUUACGGAAUAUAAUGACGCCUCGUGAAACUGCAAGGGCGGCCCAUGCAUUCUUCGUUUACUUUUUCUCCAGUUUUUCCCUUCCAAUCUCUGGACUUGGAUGGCUUUGCUUUUUUCCGCAUGCUGUAGGCAAUAGCCUCCAUAUACUUAUUUCGUACAGGAGUAGUUUUAAUUUACUGGAAAGCACCCCUUUUUUAUUUCUUGUCUGGUGUUACGUUGGACCCAAAGCAGGGUCAUCCUCUGCUAACGGACAGACAAAUACUAGUUUUCUUUCCUCUCUUUAUCCCUAUAAUCUCCUCUGUCAUCUAAUCAAUAUUUCUGUUGCUGCUUGUCAAAAAAAAUUAGAACCGUUCAGUUCAUUUGUAGUA